AUGACACCACGCAAGUUUUCUUAUCCAUUUGUUGCUCAAGCUGAAACAUUACUUAUAUAUGGAAUAUUUUUAUUUUUAACUGGUUUGGCACAAAUCUGUGUAACUUUAAGUCAUCGAUAUAUUAUUGCAAAAACUAUUCAUCAUAAUAAUAAUAUCAAUAUUCUUAGUUUUCUUCCAGCUACAUUUACUAUAGCUGAUAUUCAUUUAUGGUAUAUUUAUCCAUCAGCUUCACUAGCAAUUAUCCCGUUUGUUGCUUGUGUCAUCUAUGCGUUAUUUAAACGACGAGCUAUGACAAUAAUUAUUUGUAUAUCAUCAAUGAUUAGUUUUAUUUCAUCAUCAAUAUAUGUAGGUCUUCUUAUUGUGCAUACACUUGAAUAUUGGCAAACAAUAUCAUCAUAUCGUUAUAAAACUAUUCUAUCUACAACAACAAUUUCAACACGUACACUUGUACCAUUUGAUGAACCAUCAACAUUUGCUAAUUUAGCACUUUUAAUUACAUUUACAUUAGCUCUUGUUCAAGCACUUUUGUCAAUGAUUGGAGCUGUUAUAUCUUGCCUUUGGUCACCAUGUUGUAUGAAUUCACCAACAAUUUAUGCACCAGUAUCUACGAAUUCGCAUUAUGCACAAACAACACCACAUCGACAUGAAACACCUCAAUCAUCGACAUUACGUAGUAUUAAACGUCAACAACAACAACAACAGCGUCAAGAAAGUCAUCGAUUUAUAACAACAAAUGGACAUCAAGAUACAAUGUUGAAUGGUUUUAUUCGUAAAAAUUCACCUGUUCGAAGUCAUUAUGAUCAUGUUUAA